AUGGCUUAUUCAUUCUCUGUGCCUUCAAUGAUAAUGGAGGAAGAGAGCAGGUUUGAAGCAGAGGUAGCAGAGGUGCAAGCAUGGUGGAACACAGAGAGGUUCAAGCUAACACGCCGACCAUACACAGCGCGCGACGUGGUCUCACUCCGGGGAACACUGCACCAGAGCUACGCAUCCAACGAGCUGGCCAAGAAACUCUGGCACACACUCAAGACUCACCAAGCCACAGGCACGGCGUCACGCACCUUCGGCGCGCUCGACCCGGUCCAAGUCACCAUGAUGGCCAAACACCUCGACACCAUCUACGUCUCCGGCUGGCAAUGCUCGUCCACCCACACCACCACCAAUGAGCCCGGCCCUGACCUCGCCGACUACCCCUACGACACCGUCCCUAAUAAGGUCGAACACCUCUUCUUUGCCCAACAGUACCAUGACCGCAAGCAACGCGAGGCGCGCAUGAGCAUGACCCGCGAGGAACGUGGUCGAACACCUUAUGUAGAUUACUUGAAACCCAUCAUCGCCGACGGUGAUACUGGUUUCGGUGGCGCCACUGCCACUGUGAAGCUCUGUAAGUUGUUUGUUGAGCGUGGUGCUGCCGGCGUCCACAUUGAGGACCAGUCCUCAGUGACUAAGAAGUGUGGGCAUAUGGCCGGCAAGGUCUUGGUAUCAGUGAGUGAACACAUCAAUAGACUCGUGGCUGCGCGGCUUCAGUUUGAUGUUAUGGGCGUGGAGACUCUGCUCGUCGCCCGAACUGAUGCAGUGGCUGCUAAUCUUAUCCAAACCAAUGUUGAUUCCAGAGAUCAUCAGUUCAUCCUCGGCGCCACUAAUCCUCAACUCAAGGGGAAGAGCUUGGCUAGUGUGCUAGCUGACGCCAUGGCUAAUGGCAUGACAGGGACCGAGCUCCAAGCUAUAGAAGAUAAGUGGAUCGCCAUGGCUGGGUUGAAGACGUUCUCUGACUGUGUGAAGGAUGCUAUUAGUCAGCUCAACGUGGGAGAAGAUGAAAAACAGAGGAGGUUGCAUGAGUGGGGUAAUCACUCAGGGUUUGAUAAGUGCUUAUCUAAUGAAAAAGCCAGGGAGAUUGCAGAGAUGCUGGGGUUGAACAACUUGUUCUGGGACUGGGACUUGCCGAGAACUAGAGAAGGGUUCUAUAGGUUCCAAGGUUCAGUAAUGGCUGCCAUUGUGCGAGGUUGGUCUUUUGCUCCCCAUGCAGACCUUAUAUGGAUGGAGACGUCCAGCCCUGACUUGGUUGAGUGCACCAAGUUUGCAGAGGGAGUGAAGUCCAUGCACCCUGAGAUCAUGCUGGCCUACAACCUCUCGCCGUCGUUCAACUGGGACGCGUCCGGCAUGACGGACAGGCAGAUGAUGGAGUUCAUCCCAAAGAUUGCAAAGCUUGGGUUUUGCUGGCAGUUCAUCACGUUAGCAGGGUUCCAUGCAGAUGCUCUGGUUAUUGAUACGUUUGCCAAGGAUUUUGCCAGGAGGGGAAUGCUAGCUUAUGUUGAGAAGAUACAGAGGGAGGAGAGGAACAAUGGUGUGGAUACUCUGGCUCACCAGAAGUGGUCUGGAGCUAACUAUUAUGAUAAGGUUCUCAAGACUGUUCAAGGUGGCAUCUCCUCCACUGCAGCCAUGGGCAAAGGUGUGACUGAGGAGCAGUUCAAGGAGACAUGGACUGGGUCUGGAGGUCUGGGCAUCAAUGGAGGUGGUGGAACUGUUGUUGUCGCCAGACCAAGAAUGUAG